AUGCAUGGCCGGGCAGUAAAUGGCAGCCAGUUGGGAAAGGAUUACAUCCAGCUGAAGAGCCUCUUGCAGCCCAUCCGGAUUUACUCCAGAGCCAACUUGUAUGGCCCUAAUAUUGGGCGGCCCCGGAAGAACGUCAUUGCCCUCCUAGAUGGAUUCAUGAAGGUAGCAGGAAGCACUGUGGAUGCAGUUACCUGGCAACAUUGCUACAUUGAUGGCCAAGUGGUCAAGGUGAUGGACUUCCUGAAAACUCGCCUGUUAGACACACUCUCUGACCAGAUUAGGAAAAUUCAGAAAGUGGUUAAUACAUACACUCCAGGAAAGAAGAUUUGGCUUGAAGGUGUGGUGACCACCUCAGCUGGAGGCACAAACAAUCUAUCAGAUUCCUAUGCUGCAGGAUUCUUAUGGCUGAACACUUUAGGAAUGCUGGCCAAUCAGGGCAUUGAUGUUGUGAUACGGCAUUCAUUUUUUGACCAUGGAUACAAUCACCUCGUGGACCAGAAUUUUAACCCUUUACCAGUAAGUGUGGGAUAA